GCCGCCCCGAAGUUUGUUGUUGUCUUCUGCGUCUAGGACGUUUGUGGCGGUGGCAGCUGGCUCCGGUCACCGCGCCACCAUGGCGGUGCGACAGGCGCUGGGCCGAGGCCUGCAGCUGGGUCGGGCGCUGCUGCUGCGCUUCGCGCCCAAGCCCGGCCCAGUGUCAGUCUGGGGGAGGCCGGGCCCCGCGGCGGCCUGGGGUCGCGGAGAGCGCCCGGGCCGGGUCUCAAGCCCCGGAGCACAGCCGCGACCGCUCGGGCUCCCCCUCCCGGACCGCUACCGCUUCUUCCGCCAGUCGGUGGCUGGGCUGGCGGCGCGGAUCCAGCGGCAGUUCGUGGUGCGGGCCCGGGGCGGCGCAGGCCCUUGCGGCCGAGCAGUCUUUCUGGCCUUCGGGCUGGGGCUGGGGCUGAUCGAGGAGAAGCAGGCGGAAGGCCGGAGGGCAGCCUCGGCCUGUCAGGAGAUCCAGACAAUAUUUACACAGAAAACCAAGCGCGUGUCUGACCCACUGGACACACGAUGCUGGCAGGGCUUCCGUCUGGAGGAUUAUCUGAUAGGACAGGCCAUUGGCAAGGGCUGCAAUGCCGCUGUGUAUGAAGCCACCCUGCCCACGUUGCCCCAGCAUCUGGAGAAGGCCAAACAACUUGGCCUUCUAGGAAAAGGCCUGGAUGUCAUCCCAAAGGGAGCAGCAGAUGGGGAGCAGGCUCCAGGGGCCCCCACCUUCCCCUUUGCCAUCAAGAUGAUGUGGAAUAUCUCGGCAGGUUCCUCCAGCGAAGCCAUCUUAAGCAAAAUGAGCCAGGAGCUAGUCCCGGCAAGCCGCGUGGCAUUGGAUGGAGAGUAUGGAGCAGUUACUUACAGAAGAUCCAGAGACGGUCCCAAGCAGCUUGCCCCGCACCCCAACAUCAUCCGGGUUUUCCGCGCCUUCACUUCAUCUGUGCCCCUCCUGCCGGGGGCCCUGGCUGACUAUCCUGACAUGCUGCCCCCACACUACUACCCAGAAGGCCUGGGCCACGGUCGCACACUCUUCCUCGUUAUGAAGAACUACCCCUGUACCCUGCGCCAGUACCUUGAGGAGCAGACUCCCAGUUCUCGCCUGGCUACUAUGAUGACCUUGCAGUUACUGGAGGGCGUGGACCACCUGGUUCAGCAAGGCAUUGCCCAUCGGGAUCUCAAGUCCGACAACAUCCUUGUGGAAUGUGACUCAGAUGGCUGCCCCUGGCUGGUGAUCUCGGACUUUGGCUGCUGCCUGGCUGAUGAGCAUGUUGGCCUGCAGUUGCCUUUCAACAGCUCCAGUGUGGAGCGUGGUGGCAAUGGCUCCCUGAUGGCCCCUGAGGUAUCCACAGCCCGCUCUGGCCCUGGUGUGGUAAUUGACUACAGCAAAGCUGAUACCUGGGCUGUGGGGGCCAUCGCCUAUGAAAUCUUUGGGCUUGCCAAUCCCUUCUAUGGCCAAGGCAGUGCCCACCUUGAGAGCCGCAGCUACCAGGAGGCCCAGCUGCCCGAGAUGCCCAAGUCGGUGCCUCCAGAGGCAAGACAGCUGGUGAGGUCACUGCUCCAGCGAGAUACCAGCAAGAGACCAUCUGCACGCUUAGCUGCAAAUGUGCUGCACCUAAGCCUCUGGGGUGAGCAUCUUCUAGCCCUGAAGAACCUGAAAUUGGACAAGAUGGUUGCCUGGCUCCUCCAGCAAUCCGCAGCCACUCUGCUGUCUGACAGGCUGAGGGAGAAGAGCUGCGUGGAGACAAAGCUGCAGAUGCUGUUUCUGGCUAACCUGGAGUGUGAGGCACUCUGCCAGGCAGCCCUCCUCCUCUCUUCCUGGAGGGCAGCCCCGUGAUGGCGCUGUGCUGCACUGUUACUAAAAGACUAAGAGGCGUCUGUGUCGUGAUGUCAUGAUGGUGUGCGAAGGCUGAAGGAGGUGGCUUGGCUCGGUGGGCAGGAGUCAGGGGACAAGCUGGCGUGGAGGAGAGGCUGGUCAUCCAGAGGAAGGAAGCCUUGGGGUCAGCGGAUGGGAAGGCUGGCGUGGACAGUUCAGGAGGUAGAGAGGGCACCUGCGCCAUCCAUUGAGGUUCUUGGGCAGAAUUAAGACAGCAGGCCAGACCAGGAGUUGGUAAGCUGUAGAGGACAGGAAAUUAAGUAGUUGUAACGACUUACCUGUCACUAAGGUGAAGGACAAGCAAGCACUGCGGCACAGCUGACACUGAACCUCGCUUGUCGUCAGUAAGGUCUUCUCAUUUUUUCCCAACCACUUAGAAAUGCAAACAGCCAGGUUUAGUUUCUGAGUGGCAGGCCAGCAUGGCUCACUGUCAAGUUUACCAGUUCCUGGGCUAAAUGCGUUCUCAAUGUCUUAACUCUUAAAGACGCUGAUCAUUAAAGACAGUCUCCAUCCAGA